AGUAGUUCAGUCAGUCAGUUUAUCCAGCUUGUCUAAUUUCAAAAGAUGGUUAGCUUAGAUUUAAUGAUGUGAGUGAGUGUAAGCUUUUAAAAACGUAUUUUUUGCCUUAGUAUAUUGGACUUGAUCAUUUGUGGGUUAUAAAAUAUUUGUUAACAAAGAGCUGAGGGAUUAUUAUACUGUUGAAGCAGCAGUCAAUCCUGCAGUUAGGCCAGUAAUGACAGUAAGCACCGCUUGCAUACAAUUAAUAUUUAUUUCGUGGCGUACAUUUUAGUAAUAGGCCAAAGGUGAUUGUGAUGACAUUUAGAUGAACCAAAAUUGUUUAUGUGUUUCACCUUAAUACAUGGCAGUUUCUACCGUGUUAUGCAAUAAUGGCUGCUGUUGCAUUCUGACAAAGUUUCUACAUCAUUGGCCUAGACUAAAUAUUAUCAAGUUUUACUCAAGUAAGCCUCAGUCUCAGUGUUCAAGUAAUACAGAUGCCUAUGUUGAAAAUUUGAUUUCCGAAGAAGGGAUUAAACGAGAGAACAAGUUAACUCAAUAUUUCCAAAAUGUAUCCUCAAAGAAUCUGCAUGGAGAAAUGUCCAAGAUAGGCCUAAGCUUAUAUCAAGAGAACAACACUUGUGGCCUUAAAAAAACUGAUGAUGCUGAAGAGCUUGCUAGUUGUAUAGAGGAAAAGACAGAUGUUACAAAGGUUCCAAAUGAAAAAUUGGGCUACCUCUUAGUUUAUUUUACUAAAGAUGGAAAUGUAAAUGGUGUUAAAGCUAUUCAGUCCAUCAUUAAAAAGCACAACGCAUCACAUUUUCAAUAUUAUGCUCAGUAUAAUCAUUAUUUAGCCGAAGCAUUAUGGUUGGACGGGAAGGUUCCCACGUCAUUAAAUUUAUUUUCGUUUGCUUAUGAUAACACGGUAGUUAGACCCAAAGUGAAAGUAAUGCUCCCUAAUUUGUUCACAUCGUUGGUUGAACAGCAUAGUGAAGCAACACUGCAUAAAUUGAUUUAUAACAUCGAACAGUUUUCAGGCAAAAAGAGAGACGACUUACUUCUGGCCUGUCUAUGGAGGGAACUGUAUUUAAGCACCUGGUUUUCAGAUCAGGAAGAAGCCACAAAACUAUUACUUAAAAACAGUCAAAUACUAAAAUAUGUACAGUGGAUGGUACCAACCAUGGGGAAAAUGUUGUUAAAAUCUCAUAGAGUUGAAGAUUGUUAUAGAUUGAUUCAAUUCACAUUGACAAAUAACUUCACACAUAUGACUGAUGUAUUGAUACGUCUCUUGUUUGAAUACUAUUAUAUUCAUGAAAAUUUAGAACGAUGUACUGCAGUGGUCAAGUAUUCGUCAAGUUUAAACUCGCCCUUGACUGAAGAUCAACAACGGAGGUACAUCAGUUUGUUGCUCAAGAGUAAAGACACUGUCAAAUCAAAGUCUCUAGUCAAGAAGCCACAAGAUCUAAAGUACACAUUUUAGAUUCACCUACAUUUCAAUGUAUUGAAUACUAGUCAUUAUUUUUAUAGAUUUUGUAAAUACUGUAUUGCUGAAAAUAAUUAAAAUGAUUAAAAAAUGUUGUGUAGUUAU